AAAGUCUACAAUACCAAGCAUAGCCCCCGUGUUUUGCUUUAUAAGCAGUAUUAGUUUUCAUUCUACUAAAUAUCAACGUGUGCAAACCAGCAAAUAACACCAUGGAUAUACGUGACGUCCGUCUUCUGAAGAAGAAAACUGGAAAAAAGCCGCGCAAAAUUAUGGUGGUCAAUCCAUCGAAAUAUGGAACUUACGAAGCUAUACACAGUAAUAAAGAAUACUGGAAAAGUAUUUUCAACGACAUUGACGCAACUGCUUCUGAAAGUAUCGAAGAAAGUAAACGUUUGGCAAAAGUUUUGCCAACACAAACUUACGAAAAAGUAUGCAAUAUUUUAGACAUUCCAAUUGUUAAUUUGGAUCAGGGUGAAGUUGUGGGUCCACAACUAAAACCGAUGAGACUGUCACUUAAAGAGCCGCUAGUCUCGACCAGAAAGAGUCUCUACAUUGAAAGAGAAAUGGAUUCUGACACCGACGUUGAGUACUGCCCAAGCGAUGACGAAGAGAAGUUAAACAUACACCAGGAGCUACUGAACAAGCCUGUGCGAGAGCAGGUGACGUGGGCCACGCGCUACCUGCAGCCUGAGAAGGAGGAGGAAAAAAGUCUCAUAAGGAAAGCCGACGAUCUAACUGAAAGGAUUGCUUCAGACUUCUGCAAAUACAUAAAAGAAAUGGGAGGUGACCAGCAGUCACGUCUAUUCACACCUCAAGCUAUUAAAGAGCUUUUUCAAAUUGAGUUCGACACUCACGUAGCGCGGGGCCUUCGCGUGGUGACCAGGGAACUACCGUGUGUCGAAGAAAAAAUCGCCAAUGUUACAGGAUAUCCAGAGAAAGCGCGAUAUGCAGCUUUGGAACGUGAGAUAUCCAAAGACAUCGAGGCUGAGCACCGUCCUGAUAAAUUUUCAGCAUUUGGGAGAAGUCUGCCUCGUCAGGACCGCUGGCGGGCUCCUACGAACGAUACCAAUAAUUUGUGGCGGUCAGCGCGCCAUGUGCCUCGAGACCUGGUCACUCUGAAGACUGUUUGGGAGGGGAUCACUAACCUAAGGAGUGUCAAGGAAUACUGCCGCUGGAUGAUCGAGCACCCAGAAUACCGGCGGGCUCCGUACCUGAGCAGCCUGGGCCUGUUCGAUCCGGCGGUGCUUGAGGCGCGGCUGACGUUCGAGGCGCGGCCCGGCUCGCCGCCUGCGACGCCCGGCGAGGCGCUCGCGCCGAUCGACCACAUCAGGCGCCGCUUGUCGGAGCUGGCUGAUACGAGUUGA